AUGCCGAGGAAGGGCAAGAAAGCUGUCAGGGCGUCGUCGUGGGAGGAGGAGCAGGGGGAGGAGCCACCUCAGCGACGUCAACAUCUUAAACAACAACAAGAUGAAGCGAACAAGAAGAGGGAGGAGCUUCUGAACCUAUUUCUCACAGUCAAAGUUCGGAGGGAGCAGCAGAACUCCCGCGUCAAUCGGGCCAAAAUCGAUCAGGUCUGGCGCAACCUCCUACGGCAGGCUCGCUCGCAACAGCUGCGGGAUGACAUCAUCAUCUUGAGACAGACUUUCGAGCGACAGCUGGAUGCUCUGGAUGACGUCAUUAAGAACUUGUCAGGUGACCUCGAGGAAGCGGAACGUCAGUGCGCCCGCACGCAUCGACUUCAUCUGCAGCACGCAGAACGUUUGCGGACAUUGCUGGACGAACGCGCGGCCUUUGUGCGGCGUCGCUGGGAGGAAAGUCUGCGAGACGUCUGCCGAUGCUUCGCGGAAAAUAGGAACCACACGGCGGCGCAGACGGAGCGUCAGCGUGGCGAUCUUGAGGACGCGGCAUUUAUCUUGUCACGUCAGCACGAAGAUGUCACGCGCGCCAUACGCGCUGCAUACAAUGACGCGAUAGCGGCUCGUCGAACCGGUCAGCGAGACCGAGUGGCGGCGCUGCGCAGCGCUGACGCCGAGAAGCUAGAGGAGAAACGGCGUCAGGUGCGGGACUCAAAACAAGAUGCGGAGUAUGUAGACAGCCCCGCCCAACUUCUGAUGGCCAGGAACCAGAGGCUGAUAUGCGACAUCUCCAAGGACGUUAGCAGAGUGAAGAAACUACAGGGUGCUGUCGCAGAUUUGCGUGGCAAACUCUGCGCAUUCCAGACUGAAACGGCGUCCAGCGUCGACUUACUAACGAACGCGAAAACCGCCGUGACUGUGAAGACGCGCAGUCUCCGCGAAGACCUGACGCGGGCCCGCCAAGCAUCCAGGAAGCGUCUGUCCGUCCUGGCGAUCCGGACGGACGAUGCCGUCCAGAAACUGAGGGCGGUCAUCGCCAAGGGUGAGAAAGUUCUGAACGCUGCCGCAAUUUGCGGCAAGAUCCAAGAUACGACCUCCUCAUCGCAAGGUGGUGAUGAUGAGCUACAGGGAGCGGCGGAACCGACUAAGACAUUUCCGGAAAUUCUCCAGCUAACCCGUCGUCUGAACGCCGCCCUACUGCGGCGAUCGGCGCUCACCCGACACACGGAGCAGCUUCGUGCAGACAACCGUCAGCUCAAGGUUUUGAUACGUGGCCGCCUGGAUGGCAUGACGCUCGGAGGAAGCCGCACUCUCCUCUCUGUCGAAGUCGCGCCCACCACUGACGGCCCCGCCCACGGAGCGUCGCGGCACAACGUCAUCGAGGCCAAAGACGCGGUCAAAAAGUCACUUAUGUACGAGGAAGGACAUUCACGGCGAGUCAACGCUGUCGGCUUUUAA